AUGCAGAACGUUUCAGCUGCUGUGUUGAAUUUCAGCCAGGCCAAGAAGCCACGGGGAGACUAUCUCACAGCCCCAUUUGACCCACGCUUUCCAAACGCCAACCAGACCCGCAACUGCUACCAGAAUUACUUGGACUACCACCGCUGCACUAAGGCCCUGGCAGCCAAAGGCAAAGACACCAAGCUGUGUGACUGGUACCGCAAGGUCUACAAAUCCCUGUGUCCUAUUUCCUGGGUGAAGAACUGGGAUGAGCAGCGGGAAGAGGGAACCUUUCCUGGCAAGAUAUGAGCUUCUACUUUGCUUUACGUGAAAAGCCACUCCCUGCCCAGCAGUGCCACAGGUUUCCC